AAGUUGGUUGUGGUUAUUAUCUUCUUGCAUCAUCAAUUACUUCAAUGUGUAUGAUUAUUGUAUUAAUAAUUAAAUUUUGGCAACUUAUUCUUUCACAAAUGUCAAUCAUAACUAAUAGAUCAAUACUUUCUAUUAAUUGUAAAUCAAUUGAAAUUAUUCUUAAAUCUGGUUUAACAUCUACUGAAUGGCUUAAUGCAUGUGUAUCUAUUGAAAGAAUGUUUAAUAUUAUGAGUGGUAUAUCAUUUAACAAAACAGCAAGUAGAAUAAUUGCUAAACGAGUAAUUUUCAUUGUUAUUAUUUUAACUUUAAUUACACAUAUUCAUGAUCCAAUUAAACGACAAUUAAUUGAUGAUUUAGAUGGAGAUCAACAACGAAUAUGGUGUUUAUCUCAAUAUUCAUCCACAUUAACUAUAUACAACAAAUUUAUUACUCUUUUUCAUUUUCUUAUGCCUUUUUCAAUUAAUAUGAUAUCAGCUUUUAUAACUAUUAUAGUAGCAGCUCGUAGUCGUGCAAAGGUUAAAUCAAAACAAGCAUUCAUGAAACAUUUUCGAUUAAAACUUAAACAAAAUAAACAUAUUAUUAUUGCACCUAGUGUUUUAUUACUGUUAGGUUUACCACGUCUUAUUAUUUCAUUCACAUCAGGAUGUAUGAGAUCACCUAGUCAAUCUUGGCAAUAUUUGAUUGGCUAUUUUCUAUCAUUUAUACCAUCAGUGUUAAUAUUGUUUCUGUUUAUUUUACCAUCAGAAGCUUGGGGUCAACAUGUUGAAUAUGAUAAAAUUAAUGUUAUAUUUCAUAUUCCAAAUGAAGAUGAAGUUGAUUUUGCUUGUGAAUUUGUUGAAACAUUUAUAUAUCUUGAACUAAGAAUCUUAAAGGAAAAUCGUACAAAAAUUUCCAAUGAUGAACGAUUACGAUCAUUAACAAUACUUCAUCAUAUAGCUGUUGGUUGUUUACGUAUGGUUCCACGUAUUGAACGUGAAGAAAUUAAAAACCUUGUACCAACGAUUGCUCCAUAUGAUUCAAAUGUUCAAGCUCAAUAUUCUCUUUAUGCUAAAGAACCAAAAUUUAAAGAGAAUCUUCGAAUGCGUCUUCUUAUCGAUAUUGGAGAUUUAAUUGAUUAUCUUAUUGCAUAUCAUUCAGACGAUGCAUCAUCGAUAAACGUAGCUCUUAAACUUUAUUCUCUUUCAUCAAUGUACUAUGAUAUAUUCGAACAAUACAUAAAUAGAUUAUCUAAUAAUUUAAAUGUUAUUAAAUAUUUAUAUAAAAAUAAAUUAUGUAGUACACAACAACAUCUUAGAUUUAUUGUUGAACGACGUAUAGCAAUAAAAAUUGAAUUAUUUGCAUUGAAUAAUUUUCGAACAUUGACUCAAAUCGAUCAGCAAGUUAUAUUUAAAUUAUUCGAAUUAUCUAUUCAUCGAUAUAGUGAAGUUCGUCGUCAAGCACAAAUUUAUUUAUUUACAAUGUUCUCUCAUUUUUCCUUUUCGUAUCAAGUAAUUCUUGAUCGUAUUAUUGAAUUAUUUAAUAAAUCUGAUGAAGUUGAUCAUGAUGAAAUAAAAGGUUGUUUGUAUAUACUUCUUGGCAAUGAAUCAUUUUUUCUACCGACUAAACAUUCAUGGGAAAUACUUGAAAAAUUAUGGCCAUCAAUUGUAUGUACAAAACAUGCAAGAAAACUUACAAUUAUUGAAAAUACAAAUGAAAUUUCAAAACAAGCAGCUAUUGAUCUAUGGCGUAAAUUAGAAAAAUAUCAAUUAGAAUUAUAUAAUCGAGUACAUGAAGAAAGAAUUGAAGCAAAUACUUGUUCAUAUAAUAAUUUAAUAGAAAAAUUAGCUUCACCAUUUUAUAAUCAUGUAUUAACUUAUCGACAACAAAUCAUAAUAAUGACAUUUAUUUUAUUUCUUCUUCAAAAAUAA